AUGGCCAUGGCUUACCUCCCCAUUUUCGUGUUCUUGUUCAUGGCUGUCUUAUGCCAAUCCGAUGACAGGCUAACACCUGCAAAGCCACUCUUGCCCAGCGAGGUGCUCGUCUCAGACGGUGGUGUCUUUGCUCUUGGCUUCUUCUCCCUGAAGAACUCUUCAAGCUCAUAUGUCGGAAUAUGGUACAACAACAUCCCCAAGCGCACAUACGUGUGGAUUGCCAACCGCGACAACCCAAUUACCGCCAAUGUGCCUGGGAAGCUAGUUUUUACCAACAGUUCUGACCUUGUCUUGUUAGACUCCACAGGCCGCACGAUCUGGAUGACGACAAACAACAGCACCGCAGGAGGCGGUGAAACUGCUUCCAUCCUGCUCGACUCGGGGAACUUGGUUAUCCGUUCGCCAAAUGGCACUGACAUAUGGGAGAGCUUCAAUUACCCGACUGACACAGUUGUCCCCAAUCCAUACUGGAGAAGAGCCGCAUGGGGUGGUGAAUUGGUACAUGGCAUAUUCCAAAACAACACAAGCUUCAUGAUGUACCAAACAAUUGUCGAUACAGGAAACGGGUAUUAUCUGCAACUGACUGUGCCUGAUGGCUCACCGAGUAUACGCUUAACUUUGGAUUACACAGGCAUGUUCACUUUCCGAAGAUGGAACAACAACACGUCUUCGUGGAUAAUCUUCAACCAAUUCCCCAAUCCAUCCUGUGACAGGUAUGCCUCUUGUGGCCCAUUUGGCUACUGCGAUGCCACAGAAUCUGUUCCAGCAUGCAAGUGCCUUGAUGGGUUUGAGCCCAAUGGUCUUGAUUUUUCCAAAGGAUGUCGGAGAAAGGAUGAGCUGAAAUGUAGUGAUAGAGAUAGAUUCUUAACCUUACCCACCAUGAGAACUCCUGAUAAGUUCUUAUACAUCAAGCACAGAAGCUUCGACCAGUGCACUGCAGAGUGUAGUCACAACUGCUCAUGCACAGCAUAUGCUUAUGCUAACCUGCAAAAUAUUGACACGACGCUGGAUCGGUCGAGGUGCUUGGUUUGGAUGGGGGAACUUGUCGAUAUGGAGAAAUUUAAUAACGAUUUUGGUGAGAACCUGUAUCUUCGGAGUCCCAGCUCACCUGUUAGUAAGAAGAAGAGCAUUGUAUUGAAGAUUGUACUCCCGGUUAUGGCUAGUUUGCUUCUUCUAAUAACAUGUACAUGGCUUGUAUUCAAGUCAAAAGGCAAACACAAAAGCAAGAAAAGUCAGUAUACACUGCCACACUUGGAUGCUUCCAACAGGUUUGAGAACGAAAACUUGGAAUUUCCAUCAAUUGCCUUAGAAGACAUCAUCAUUGCGACAAACAACUUCUCUGAUUAUAACAUGCUUGGAAAAGGUGGCUUCGGAAAAGUUUACAAGGCAAUGUUGGAAGGUGGCAAGGAAGUAGCUGUCAAAAGGCUCAGUAAAGGUUCUACACAGGGGGUCGAGGAAUUUAGAAAUGAAGUAGUUCUGAUUGCCAAACUGCAGCACAGAAACUUAGUUAAACUUCUUGGUUGCUGUAUUCAUGAAGAUGAGAAGUUACUGAUAUAUGAAUACUUACCAAACAAAAGCCUGGAUGCCUUCCUUUUUGGUACGUUCUGA